GAGAAGGGGAGGAGGGAGGGAGGCGCGUGACGUCACGACGUCGAGAGCGAGGGAGAGGAGUUUCUGCCUCCGUCGGUCCUCCUGGGGUUGUUUUUCUCCCUCGACGAGAGCUUUCCUCUCUCUCUCAGGGCCUGCUGGGCGAGAUGGAGAGCGCCAGCCAAGAUAUCAACCUUAACUCUCCCAACAAAGGUCUGCUGGCUGAUACCAUGACAGACGUCCCUGUGGACAACACAAGCACUGCUGCCGCUACUCCUACUCCAUCAAGGGCCUCUGCCUACAAUGGGCUCACUGAGGUGGAGGAAGAGGAGCUAAAGUCUGAGCUGGCCAAGGUGGAAGAGGAAAUUGGAACCUUGCGCCAGGUCUUGGCUGCAAAAGAGAGACAUUGUGGAGAGCUGAAGAGAAAACUGGGUUUGACCCCCUUGGAUGGGCUGAAGCAAAACCUCUCAAAAAGCUGGCAUGAUGUCCAAGUUUCCAAUGCUUAUGUGAAAACCUCUGAAAAACUUGGAGAGUGGAAUGAGAAAGUGAUGCAGUCGGACCUUUACAAGAAGACACAAGAAACACUGUCUCAGGCAGGCCAGAAGACUUCAGCUGCCCUUUCCAAUGUCGGUUCUGUGAUCAGCCGGAAACUUGGAGAUAUGAGGGCCCAUCCCUUCUCACAUUCCUUUAGCAGCUACUCCAUUCGCCACUCGAUAAGUAUGCCAGCUAUGAGAAACUCUGCAACCUUCAAGUCUUUUGAAGACCGAGUUGGAACCAUAAAGUCUAAAGUGGUGGGCGGAAGAGACAACGGUGCUGAUGAACUCCACUCCCCAUCGGCAUCUGGCGACAAGCCCUCCCAGGACAACGCACCUUUCUAAGUCUACAGCGCAGUGUGCUUGACUGCCUGAGCCCCUUCGUUUGCUCUUCCCAACAUGCAAGAAAAAAAAGAAAAAAGUGGGGGACCUAGGUCCCACUCUGAAGAGAGAGAUCCAUACAUCAUACGUAGACAUUAUUUUGCUGCUGGAUUCUUCAGGUCCAAUAAAGUGAACACACCGGUUUUUGUACACAUAUAUAUUUUACACUAAAGGUUUCUAGAUGGAACACCUUGCUGUCCUUCCUGUCUGGAAGAACAUCAGCAAUAGGGAUUCUGUAAAGGUGACCCAAAUUUGCCCUUUUGGCACCAAAGGCUUGCACUUGCCUCCUCUUACCCAACCCACCCAUACCCCUCUAUGUGCAGGCAAAAUUUUUAUUUCUUUAUGCAAUAUGGAAAUAGUAAUUCCAAGAUAUGCUAGCUAUACAGGGAAGCUUGAGCUCUGAUUGGUGCUCCAUCUCCUUUUCUGAAUAACUAGUUAGCUUUCAUCUGUUUUAUGACUCCUGCUGCUUCCUUUGCAAUUGUGAGCAGCCCUGGAAAGCUUUGGAAAUAUCUGGUGUCCUUUAAGAUAUAGAAGCGGGGGGACUUAAAAAUACACAUUUUCUUCUUCCUUUGUUGGAACCCAGAAAGGGACCUCUAUUUAGCAACUGCUUAGCUUGAUACACAGAUUCUCUAGCUUUAAUAAAUCUCAGAAUCUUUAUUUUUUUGGAAUGCAGUGGAGUUCACAACAUACCGGCUUUUAGCAUCGCUAUUUAGGGGCGGUCUGCCUUCAGGAUGCGGAAGCUGAAAACACGAGCCUUACAUCACCACCUGCUUUACUUGUUUAUAACCUUUUUAUAUUUCAGGAAAAAAAUAGUGUGAAGAAUUUUUUGGGCAGCGGUGAAGAGAGGGAGGGAGGGAAAGGGUUGAAGCACUGGAGUCUUGCAUCCUAUCAUAGUUAACCGCAUGCGGAUGUGCCGAGUCUUGUGUUCAUUUCAGUGGUGCGUGACUGUACACACACCCGCUUGUGCUCCUGCAUACACACACACUUUCUCUCUCUCCUCUGAGUGUGUAGAACUUGCUUCUCUCCCUCUUAGAUUGAGGCCUCCAUUCUUUACACAAUUGUGGAAGUAGAUGCCCAUUUAAUAUUCUUCAGGAAGGACAACAACUAUCAGGGUACAAGAUCUCCAUCCUUAAGGAUCCCUUCCCAUUCUUCCACUUGGAUAGGGUUUCUUUUUCUUGCAGGUUGCUCCUUGAAACAUUUUGUACACUUUUAAGACAGAGAUGAGAUCCUUGUCUUAAGCUUUAUGCUCAUAGCCUUUGCAAUCCAGUUUUGGUCACUGGUAUCUGGCCAUGUUUGGGCUCCUUUUUUUUCUCCACUAGAUGCCGGCUGUGCUUAGAAGCAGGGGAUGUUUUCAAACAGCUGGGAACCAACCAUGGCCCCUAAACUUCUUAAUCCUAAGGCAAAGGUGCCUCUCAAGUUAUCCAAACCUUUCGGUGCCUUAGAGGCUCAGCGGGAGUUUAGCACUGCCCCCAAGUACAUAUCAGUAAAGCUGUUUGUUUCAGAGCAUUGACACCUGUAGAAAGCAGCAAGCUCUAAUUUGUCCCUCUCUCCUGCUUGGCCCUUCGAGAAGCAAGUUUUAACACCAAAACGCUGAUUGUAGAGUUCUCCCCAUUGUCCUGUGUCUUUAGUGGAUGGCUCCCAUGCUGUGCAAACCUGACACUGGAGAUGUGGAAAAUCUGCAGUGUGUGACAUCUCUGUGUUGAGUUGUGCGGGCAAAGUAGCUGCCAAUGUUGAAAGUGGGGCAGAAUUAGCCCCAAGGGACAAGGAGCUCUGGGAGCAGACUGAACUGUUUCUCCUGUACAGGUGACUAUUUGGGGAAAACUUUGUCAAUAAAAUAAUCCUUUUGGAAAAGCA